UACUUCUGUACUGAAGUACAAUGUUGAAUGCAGGACUCUAGCCUGGAACAGAGUGUGUGUACUCUGUGGUAUUAAUACUUUCACUGAAGUAAAAUCCUCUGGGGCUCCACCAGCUGAUGAACAGAGAGUCAGGAGACAAAGACGUAGAACAAACGUGUCCUCGUGUCCUCAGACCCCUGCAGGACAGACGCCCUGUCCCUGGAACUUUGAAAAUGAAAUCUGAGCUUUUUCAAAUGAAAGUCAGUAAAUAAACUCAGAGAACGACGAAGACGAGGGUGAAGUCAUUCCAGUUGCAUGACUGCUGUCUUCUUCGUCUUCCUGUUCGUGUCAGGACUCGUCCACCACGCCCUCGGACCAGGUUUUCCUCUGCUGCAGCUCUCACACGUCUCCUGUGUUUCAGACCUGAGAGGAGCAGCAUGAGCCAGAGAAGUGACCAACCAGGUGCCUGUCCUGGGCAAACCAGAAAUCCUGUCUGGCCAGGUUCAGGUCCGCCCUCUGCUAACCCCACCUGGCCUGGAUGUCAACCAUCGGCUAACCCCACCUGGCCUGGAGGUCAACCAUCGGCUAAUCCCACCUGGCCUGGAGGUCAACCAUCGGCUAAUCCCACCUGGCCCGGAGGUCAACCAGCUGCUAACCCCACCUGGCCUGGAGGUCAACCAUCGGCUAAUCCCACCUGGCCCGGAGGUCAACCAGCUGCUAACCCCACCUGGCCUGGAGGUCAACCAUCGGCUAAUCCCACCUGGCCCGGAGGUCAACCAGCUGCUAACCCCACCUGGCCCGGAGGUCAACCAUCUGCUAACCCCACCUGGCCUGGAGGUCAACCAGCUGCCAACCCCACCUGGCCUGGAGGUCAAUCUGGAAAUGGAGGAGUCUGGCCCUGCCCACCUGCCUGUCCCACUGUACCUGGAGGGUGGCCCAGUCCUUCACCUGGCCCUGUUGCCCCCCAGCAGAGACUGGAGAUUCCGUACAACCAGACUCUUCCUGCUGGAGUUUAUGACAAACUGCUCAUCACCAUCACUGGAACCAUCAAAGCCCACGCUGACAAGAUCACAGUGGAUCUGACCACAGCACGCGACUUGGCCUUCCAUUUCAACCCUCGCUUCAACGAGUGUGGCAAUAAGGUGAUAGUCAGGAACAGCUGCAUCAACAAUCAGUGGGGGCGAGAAGAGAGAGAUCUCGAGCGGUUCCCGUUUGUCCAGGGGCAGUCAUUCGAGCUGAAGAUCCUCUGCACCAACAACGAGUUUAAGGUGGCCGUCGACAACGCUCACCUACUGGAGUUUAAACACCGGAUCACCGACCUGAGAUCCAUCAAUGCACUGAACAUCUACAAUGACCUCACCCUGUCCAAGGUCCACAUGGAGAGUCUGAACAGUGUAUAAAUGCAUUAGAUCUGCUGGGAAUCUCCUGAAAGUCCACCAGGGAUCUGCCAGGGAUCCACCAAUGAUAUAGUGGGGAUCCAUCAGAGAUCUACUGAAGAUAAUAAGUGGAUCAAUUUUAGAUUCUCAGUAAUCUACUGUAGAUCUGCAGGAGAUCAUCAUUAUAUCUCAAAUAGACCUGUAGAUCCUGAGUAGAUUUACAGGGACCCACCAUAGAUGCAGAGAAGAUCAUCAUUAAAUGAUUGUAGAUCAUCAUCAGUAGAUCUGCAGUAGAUCUUCAGUUAAUCCAAAAUAUAUCUUGAGUAGGUCUGUAGAUGAUGAUGAUGAUGAUGAUGGUAAGGUUAGUGUAACACAUUCAUAUAUACAUACAUAUACAAGGUUCUCAGUGGAUCCUCUUGUACUUCUGUUCCUGUGUUUGACUCAUAUAAAAGGUCUCGAUCUUAAAUUUGUUGGAGUUUGUCUGUUUUUAUCUGUGCAGCAAGACAGGAUCAAACCCUGACCCCCUUUACUCUAAGUGCUGAUCCUGGUUGGUAAAGGAAAGGAGAGUAAUUCUUUAUUUAAAAAAGAGAAGAGUCACUUUUGUAUAAAACUAAGACGCAGUGUCUCUGACAAAUCACUCUGAUCAACAAACCUGCUCUGGUUUCCCUGAUUCUACUGGUUCAACUGGCUCUGGGUCUCCUGGUUCUUCUGGUUCUUCUGCUUCUUCUGGCUCUGCUUCUUCUGGUUCUCCUGGAUCUUCUGGUUCUGGUUCUCCUGGCUCUGUCUGUUUGGUAUAUUUUUCCAUUGCCUUUUCAGUCGCCUCUCAGAUGAGUUAUUGAUUGGCAGGAGGGAAAAUAUUGCUUAUGUUGUUGUGUCUGUGGAAUUUACACAUUGAGAUAUUGAUAUUUACAAUAAAACACAAAGAUGCAAUAUUAUAUUCAAAUU